CAGUUGAGCCGUACCCAGAAACUUUGAAUUGGGGAAAAGUAUACGCGUAGAAGCUUUAUAUCCAGAAAUAUUUGAAUCCAGAAAAUUGUAGGUGUAAGCGGUAUGUUAGUAAUGUUACGCUGUCGUCAAUGAAUCUGCAACCUUUUCUGGCGGCUAUCCUGAAAACAGUAGCGAAUCCGAAAUCUUUUGCUGCAGUACGCGUAAACAAUCUCGACGUCUAUUUAAUUAAUCGUAGUGAAAAUAUUUUCGCGCAGGUUCAAACCUUUGUUCAACCUGCAUGUUGAUUUAUUGACAUGAAUUACUAUCUUUAAAGUUUGCCGACGUAGAAAAGGCUAUAUAACUGUUUCUAAAAUGUUUAAAAACCGAUAAUGAAAAGUAUGUUUUCUUCACUGAAUAACGAUUGUAAAGAGACUAUUAUUAUUAAUGUCGCACUAAACAUGCAAUCAGUGAAUCACGGAUAUUGGCACACCAUUUGAAAUAUUUCAUGAAACUAAUUAGCUCUUUCUAGAAAAGAAAUAUCGAAUUUAUUUUGUUUCCCAUUUAGUUGUGAUAACCUGUUGACCGAUUCGCAGCCAGCUCACUACUGGCAAGAAGAGAUCAUUAGCACCCCCCAACUUUACGAAAUGGCCUAAUUGAUGUAUAUAAUAGCGGUAAUUUGUAAACUGCGUGUUGUGCAAAAAAGAGUUGUUCUUGCAAUUAACGUCGGCUGGAAACAAAUCCCUUAGCAUGUGCAAGGACCGAAUCAUGUUAAUAAUCUCACACUUGGUCGUGGUGUGGUUAAUUAGCAUAUAUAGCUUCCAGACAUCGCAUUCAUUGCACAGCUUGUGUUCUGUACAAUCUGCAUGGUGAGCAAUCAUGCAGUCAGAAGGCUUUCUUUCGCAAUUUUGAUACGUAUACCACGCACGUUUGGUGGACAUUAAUUAAUACGCAAAUGCCAAAUAAGUUCAAAGUGCGCAAUCAAUGUAACUUUAAAAACGCAAUAUGAACUAUAUAAUUAAGUUAUUUCAUGAUAGUCACGUACGGAAUGGCAGUUGAUGAUAGGAGAAUAGUGCGUAAGUGCGAAUCGUCGCGAAUAAUGCGAAUAUAGUCGGCGAAUAGUCGUCACUGAAUAGGGAGUUUACGCAUGUAAGACGGGAACGCCAGGACGACGGCUAUCAAUACAAUGUCAUUAAUUAAUCCUAUAGCACAAAAGAAAUGAAUAAUUAAAAGUAUAGCUGGAGUUCCAGACGUCGUCCAGGCUCUGUUGACGACGGCAAAAUGCAUCAAUUUUCACGUCUUGUAACGUACGCUAGCAUUUCAAGCCGUGCAGCCAAUUUUUCUAACACAGUUGUCAGUUGAUCAAAAUUGCUCUGAAGGUUAAAGCCCUGUUUUACUGACUUGUUUUAAACUGUGUUAAAUUCAUACGAAAGUAAUACAAGACAAUAUUUCCAUUCAAUCAUUUAUUUCAAACAUUUUGUUUAGCCGUCGUCCUGACGGCGCCGCAAAUUUUUUUCCGUAGACAGUCGGACUCCUCAUUGAUAGUCGGACGCAUCAUUGAUCCGCGUCCAGGCCUCCGCGCGUUAUCGAUCGAUCCCUUCGUAUCCUGCAUAAUUGCAGAAUACCCGUCCACUAGUGAUAUCAUAUCAUGUCGCCCGGCCACAUUUCACUGGAUAGUGGAUACGUAUAUACCAGACUCUUAUUGCCUGGUUCUAAUAUACACAAACUAUUACGAAUUGAUAACUAUAAAGGAAAUAUCAUGCAAGACUUUUAAUGUCUUAUGCUUAGUAUGCUUUAUAAUAUAAAAUGUUUUCUCCCAGUGACGCUAAUUAAUCAUAAUCUGUCAAACACCAAUGUCCGGUUGUGAGGAACAUAUUUACAUAUUACACCACAUUUAAGCUCUCUAUAGCAUGUGAAAAUUCACAAAUGCUAACUAAGUUAACUAACUGUCGCCUUGAUCUCAAAAUAUAAACUACUUGACUGCGUAUCCACGUAUUUCGCGUAUCCACUAAAAUAUAGAGCUACCUGUAGUAUGAGAAUUUGAUCUAAUGCUAAUCUAACUGUAUCCCUCGUUCUCAAAAUAACUACUUGACUGCGUAUCCCGCGUUCCACUAGAAUAUAGAGCUACCUUAAAGUUUAACACUAUGACAAUUUAAUCUAUUAAUGCUAAGUCACUGUAUGCCUCGUAGCAGUAUACCUUUACCACCAUGGGAUUUUAAAAAUCUAUCAUUUACUAGACUAUGAGACUAUCGAUCUAUUUAUUAUAUAUAUAUAUAUAUAUAUAUAUAUAUAUAUAUAUAUAUAUAUAUAUAUAUAUAUAUAUAUAUAUAUAUAUAUAUAUAUAUAUAGAUGAGAAUAAAUAUAGAUGAGAAUAAAUAUAGAUGUAUUAAUACAUAGUAUCCAUGAUGUUUGAAAGGCAUAACUUAAAAAGUGGACGGAUUUUCUGCAAUCGCUCCGAAAAGAGUUACAAAAAACAUUUACAAAGGUAAAGAAAAGAAAGUGGAAAUGGCGAAUAUAACUUAAUAAAAUAUGUUAGAUGUCAUCACCACACAAGAUAUGAAGCCACAAUGUGUCCUGCUCAGAUUUUGACAUCUCAACCAAGCAAUACAAUAUUAUGAAAUCAUCAAUUGCGUGCGCAAGACACACUGGGAAGGCGCAUCUAAUAAGAAGAGUAUCCGCUGAAUAUUUUGUUUAAGGGCGCGGUCAAUGAUGCGUCCGACUAUCAAUGAGGAGUAUUUGAAUGUUAGGGUUUGUAAUCCAAGUGAUUAUAUACAUUUUAAGACCUGACCAGGAACGACUGCGAAAAAUGCAGCACAAGGUCCUCUGGUAGGAAUUGAACCUACGGCCCUGCGAUUCCGGUGCAGCGCUCUAACCAACUGAGCUACAGAGGCCAGCUGUUGAGCUGUAACCGUAAGUUCAUGUAUAUACAGGUAAUCGGCCGGUGUGCGGGUUGUGAUAAAGUGGACUUGAAUGAUGUGGUUUCUUUGCACUUCACUUGGUGGGAUUAAUAUUAGAAUGUUAGGGUUUGUAAUCCAAGUGAUUGUAUAUAUUUUAAGACCUGACCAGGAACGACUGCGAAAAAUGCAGCACAAGGUCCUCUGGUAGGAAUUGAACCUACGGCCCUGCGAUUCCGGUGCAACGCUCUAACCAACUGAGCUACAGAGGCGGCAGCUGUAACAUUCUAAUAUUAAUUCCACCAAGUGAAGUGCAAGAAUCCAAAUCAUUGAAGUCCACCGUAUCACAACCCGCACACCCGAUUACCUAUAUAUACAUGAACUUACGGUUACAGCUCUACAGCUGGCCUCUGUAGCUCAGUUGGUUAGAGCGUUGCACCGGAAUCGCAGGGCCGUAGGUUCAAUUCCUACCAGAGGACCUUGUGCUGCAUUUUUCGCAGUCGUUCCUGGUUAGGUCUUAAAAUGUAUAUAUACUCAUGCACUUGGAUUACAAACCCUAACAUUCUAAUAGCUGCCUUAUAAUGCUAGGUGGAUGGUUAGAGUAGCUAUUUAUGUAUAGCGGAUCGUCAUUGGGCUUCCUAUAGGGCCUAUAUUUUCCGUUGUUAAGAUCGAAAGUACAUCUAAAAAGUUUACUAUACGUAAAUUUGAUUCGGCGAAUAUUUCGAAAAAGUUUUUUUUUAAACUGAGUAGUUUAUAACUAAAAAAGGUGUGUACUCGAGGAGUUUUAUGCUGUACUCUCUGUAACCAUUUUAUGUACAGUUUCCUGAUCAUGCAUAUAUCGGAGCGCACUGGUGUAAACUUUGCGCAUAACUGUAACGUCUUUACAUGCGCGACAGAAUUUAUCCCAAUUAGUAUUUUGGCAAAUCAUUUCAGACUUAUAUGUGGGAAUAAAAAAUUUCACCAAUAUCUUUUAUAUUAUUAAUCAGAAUAAUUCAUUGACAUUGCAGAACUUUUAAAUCAAUCUUAAAAGUUAGCAAUUUAACUAAGAACAGAUCGUCGAGUUCACAUAGUGAGUUCAUGGACGCGUCGACUAUUCAUCGACUAUUAAUUAUCACGUACUAUUCGCGACUAUUUGCCGACUAUUCGCACUAUUCCCCGACUAUUCGCCGACUAUUCGCACUAUUCGACAACUAUUCGCACUAUUCGACAACUAUUCGCACUCCUUUUAUCAAUUGCCCGUUUGGAGCACCUGUGUACGAACCUAUUUUGGCAAAGAUAUAUUUGCGGUUGCCACGGAACAAAGCCCUGCCCUCGUCCACUCCCAGCGCUUUCGACGAAAUGGUUUUGCAAAUAUAUCUACACAAUUCACUAGCUCGUCACUUCCAAGUAGGUGACUGAACGGUUGACUACAAAUACAAUUAACUUAACAUACCAGCCAACCAUAAUACAAAGCAUAUUACUCAAAGGUAAUUCGUUUACGUUCCAUAUCUGGGAGUGAUUUCUAAUUGUUGAUGCUUGCCUUGUGUUCAUGCAGUGCCUUUUUUUAUCUUUUUUUCGUGGAGGACUACGUACUCCUCAUGUUAAGACCUAGUCAUAUCAAGUUUCCCCAAAACAUGGUGACAAAACAGACAAAUGUCAAUUUCGAGGGUACUGUACAUCAUGGUUAAUGUCCCAGCGAAAUAUGCUGGAUUAGUAUAUAAAACAAGGUUAAUUCCUACGCUUAAUUUAUGCAUGUUAUCGUAACGACCGCUGUCAUCAACAAGUUAUUAUUUAUUUACUCGAUAAAUUGCGGUGAUAUAUAGAUAAUAGGCUAAAUAGUAAAGGCGGAUCUCCAAUAGACGAUUUUUGAGACGAUCGGCAAAACAGUUCGCGACAACACAUGCGCAAUUGAAAUAAAAAUGUUAGAAGAGCGAUGCGGUCUAGACUUUAGCGCUCAACAAAAGUCGGGAUUGUCUCACUUUUCGUCGAGCGCCAGACGAUCGCCAAAAUCGUCGAGAAUUUGAUGAUUGCCUCUCUAAAUCGUCGAGAAUUUUUAUGACGAUUGCCCGAUAAAAAUCGUCUCAACUAUUGUCUAGUGGAGAUCCACCUUAAUUAACAGGCAAUUUCACAAGUACUGGUAAUACAUUCACUGAUCUUUAUGUACUAUAGAUAAAACAUGAGCAGCCGAUCUGUAUCUGAUAUAUCGUACUUUGAAAAUGACCCAUCUUAUGAGUUCAUUGACAAAGUAAUUUUGAAAAUAAAAAAUGUCUAAGCCGAGAAAAUCAAAGCUGAAGUUUAUGUAAAUCAGGAAAAAUCUUUAUCCAAUAUACAAACAUUGAUUAAACAUUCAUUUCUUUUGUAUUUUCCUCGUGAAUUAUUAAUGAAUUUUUUAAGCAUAAUUAUUCAUUUAUUCUCUUCGGUGCAAACCGUUUUGCACUACACUGAAUUAGUGAAUACACUCUGAAGCGCUUCGUGACAAUGUUAUCACCAAGGCAUGGCAUGGUGUUUUUUAGUUAAGAUGACUGCUGGAUCGCAUUCAACUUAAUGUUUAAUUUUCCCCAUUCUUUGUCAAGUGCUUUGUUUUCAUAAUCUUACAAAUGACUGACAAAUACAAGAAAAUGUUUUCAACUAUACUAAAAUCAGUAAAAUGACCGCUAAAGCUGAGCUAGAGUGAGGCUUUAUUUAUCUCUAUAUAUUCUCACAAUGGUAAUUACAGUAAUCUUGGGUGAAUUAAGUUACUCCAUCAUCAACCUUGUAAGCCAGGCUCUUUUAUAUACCUUCACACUUUGCCUUAGUGUGUGAAACGUGCCUGGCUUGCCAGGUCAUUCCUUGAUCAAAGUCAAACAGUGACAUAUGAUCGAGCGUGGGAAGUAAAGGAUAGUUUUGAAAAGUUUGCGAUUUUACACAAUGCUUUACCACAUAUAGUUAAAUUCUUAAUAAAUAUAUUCUUACUGAUUAUAUGAAUAACAAACAACAGCAAAUAGAAUCAGCUUUGGUUCUUGCAUCGAAUAACCAUCGAUCAUCUAAGGCCUCCCAUAUUUUCCAACGUAAAAUCAAGUAUCUAGUUCUAAAACUCAACAUCAGGUGAUGGCGGGGAGUUUUAAAAAUUGACCAACCCGAAACGUGACUAAGCAUGCAAACUGUCCGUAUUCUGGACUGAUUUUUAAAAUUCUGAAAACUUUGUAAUCACUGUAGUAUUGCAAUACACCAUAUCUUGACUCCCACACCUCGCGACGUAAAGUGUGUUUUCAUGGUUUUCAAUUCCUUCGGCACUUCUAAUGUUUUCCGAUAUCUCCAUUUCAUUAUUUGUUUACGCAUGUUGCACGUACCGAAAUUGAAAAGUAUCCAGUGUAUCCUUGUCCUUAAUCCGGCUUUAUUGACACUGCUGCACUGUGAGUGUAAGAUCGAUUUGAAACAGUGAAUUACUGAAUUGGUCGGACGCAAGAUGUGCCAAUGCGCAGUGUGAGCUGUCGCUGAAAAUUUGAACUCGAUCUCUGUGCAUCAGAAACGCGAGCUUUAAAAUUAAGAUCUCGCGUGAAAUUUACUUUUACCACACCAAUUGCCAUUAAAACUGUUUUAACGUUUGACAGGAGGUUUUUGAAAAUAUUUAAAUGCACCUUAUAUAAUAUUCGUGGUGUUUGAAAUCACUAUACAAGCUAGCAUGGUAAAUAAGAAUGAAUGGGUUAAUUUAAUAAAUUCCCGGCUUCGCCGCUAAAAACCGAUAUAGCCAUUGCCAAAAUUAAUGUUCAAUUUGCUAUGAAUGCAAUACAGUAAUGUAUUUAUAUGUUGAAUCGGAGAUAUUUUCUGUUUGACGAAUAAAUAUAAACAUUCCAGCAAAUCUAUAACAAUAUAAUACUGUCUGUCUCAGUUAUAGGCACAAUUUAUCUCAGCAAACCUCAGCAGGUGGACAUUGCUGUUAUGCAAAUAACGUAACCGGAUACACAAAACCGGUUUGAUUGGAAUGACUUUGUGUAUUUUGUCGGUAGGAAUUUUGAUAUGAGUAGCUAUCAACAAUAUCAAGCAGCUAAGAGUGUGUCAUUAAACAUUAGGUCGUAGUACCUUGCCCGCACGUCUGAAGUAUCGCCGAACACUUGGUUUUUCUGUAUAAAUAUAUCCAUAAGCUGCAUUGGGUCCCUCAAAACGUAAACAAGCUGUGGUUAGAGGCAUAAAGAUAGAUGACACGAAGAUUUUAGAGGUAGGGAAUUGGCAAGUUUGUCAUGGAUUAUCUAAGUGCUUCGUUGUUGAGAAUCUUGCUGAAGUAUCCGCUAUUGUAUAUGCAUUGUGAGGAUGUACGCAUGCUUGCACACCACAAGAAUAAGCUUGCAUGCGUUCGAAAUGCAUUUCAUGCUCUUAAUUGACAAACAUAGUUUCUGCUUAAUCUUAUUAAGUAGCAAAAACAACUGUAGUUUGCCCAGAACGUUAUAUAGUUUUGUAUUAGUUAUGACAAAAGUGCGAGGGUAUAGGUUACAGUUUUAACAAACCGAUGAUUUCAGGUCUUAUAGAUAAGAACUGUUUUCAAUUAUAUAACUAUAUCAAUGUCAUAUUAUAUAUGUGUAUAUUAUUUAUAAGUUAUACUUUUGCUCAAAAGUGUCUUUGAAUUCUUUUUUCUAGACUAAUAUUGUAUUAUUUCAAACCUCUAAACCGUUGUUCACUGCAUAAAUGUCCUCUGAUUUUGCUGGUAUAUUUAUUGCUAAAACCAUUAGAAACCUGCUUGCCUGGAAGCAUUAAUUACUUCAUUACUUCAGACUGUUAAAAAAUACUACACUGAUAAUUGAAGAGGCCGUGUGGCAUAUUAAUCGCGUAUAGGGGCCGGUGUUUUAUUUUAUUACGCAAUGGUAUCAUCAUUACUCAUUAGUAAGAUUGAUUGUAUUUGCCAUUCCAUAUGGUCGUAUAAUGGUCGUAAAACUAGAGUCACAAUCUUUCUCUUUCUUUAUAAUAGUCAUACCUGUAAACCACAUAUAAUUAUAUAAAUCACAAGUAUUCUCUAGUUAUAAUCACUGCGCGUAUUUUAGUUCGAAAAUAUUGUAUUUCGGCUGAUGAGAAAGAUCGUGACUCAAUCUUUACGACCGUUACGACCAUAUGGAAACCAGGCAUUACAUGCACUCAGUCAUGAGGGUCAUCUCAAACGUAACGUCAUUGAUAAAUCAAUUUUCCUUGAAUCCAGCUAAAAUAAGAGCAAAACAAAAUUUGUCAAUAUUGUAAUGAAAAUAUACUUGAUGAAGACAGACAAUAGGUUCAAUUUAUUAUAAUUCGACUUUAGACCUUAUACAUCUGCUUGAUCAAUUAUGCGCCCUUUAGCCCAAAAUACAUUUUUGCUAAACAGUGCCGAAUGACCUAGAAACGAAAUACAAUGCAACCCACUUGUUGUUUGCUCCCAAUGCCUGUUUGCGGUUGAAGAUUAAAACCAAAAGCAUUUCUUUAAUGUUUAAACCACUAUGGUGUAUAAACAAUGUUUUGUUGUCUGCCGUAAAAUUGACAUUGUUUGGACUUCAAAAUUUGAAAUCGGAAACAGUUUGACAGAGCGUUUAAUCAUGUAAUGUGCGACGAUUCGCUUCUUUCAACAUGUCUGUACCCACAGACUAAAACAAAACAAAACAUAGGCAUUAAGAACCACAAACUGAGAAAAUAAUUUUAUUUUCGCUCAGAAACGUUGUGCACAAAAUCUAUUGCGUUCGUCGAAUUUAAUCGUAAAAUUAAGUAUACAGAUGAUAUCAGCCCUUAGGCGAUGUGCCGCCAACUUGCUGAUGAUGUAAACCAUUAAUAAUUAUAUAAAUAUUUUAAAUACUUCAUAUAGUUCAUAUCUUGCCGUGUUUUAGUUCAGAGUCAAACAUAUACAUGCUUUGUUUAGUUUCCAGGUUUCACACCGAGAUGUAUGAAACGACGAUAAGUCGAUUAGCAGGUGUUUUUAUUAUGAAUUCUAACCAAGACUUGAAAACAUACGCAUUUAAUUUAAUAUUCAGUGCAUGCACUGACUGUUGUAUCCCAUUCAUCACUAAUUCCCUACAAACACGUCACUAGUUUUGCUCCCUGUUGUGGGUCAUGGGAUUUUGCAUACUGUUUGUCGAGUUUACCUUUUUAAACUUUGGCUGAAUUAAUAAAUUCACAGCGGUAUAGAACAUGUUCGUUUGUUUAAGUACAACUCGCUUCUCAUUGCAAUUGAAUACCAUUAUUAAGUUCUUUGUAUGUUUGCAUGGUGAUAAAAUAUAAUAGGUUUUGUUUGUGGAAACACCACGUAAAUUUAUUACUGCAAAGCUUUCGAUCCGUAAGCCCGGACUUCAUCAGUGCUAAUAAUAUGACAUAUGAACAUACAUAUAACAUACAUACAUACAUACAUAUGUAUAUAAUAUGACAGUGCUAAUAACAUAUUAUUAGCACUGAUGAAGAUCCGGGCUUACGGAUCGAAAGCUUUGUAGUAAUAAAUUUACGUGGUGUUUCCACAAACAAAACCUAUAAUACCAUUAUUGUCUUAUGAAAUAGUUUUUUUCACUGUUGUGCCGUGUCGGCUAGUCUGCGAACAGUCUAUAAUUCAUGCGCUUUCCUGGUGUACUUCCUAUACAUGACGCGGAAACAUUAGUAAGGUAAACAAUAUUGUGUAGUUUCGCAUAGCUUACAUAACUUUCAAAAUAGUUGAACUAAGUCCAAAUAAUAAACAAAGAUGCACGAAAUAGUGCAAAACCGAACAAAGCGAUAAGCAACAAGAAAGACGUCAUCGACUUAUGAGGGUGUUUAUGGGGUUAACUGUUAAGCGUGAUUUUGUCAAAACUAGUAUAUACUGGAAUACUGUACGUUACUAUUACUGUUAUUCUAUCGAAAUACUUACCGUUAAUUGUGAAUUUUACUGAACUGUAACUGUAAUAUGAUUCCAGCAAGUUUUCCAAGAGUUAAUUUACAUGAUUACUUCGAUUUAUGUCAUCUGUUUUGAACUUCUACACCAUAAAAAUAGUCUGUUUUUUUUAUUAAAAUGCUAACUUAUACACAGCAGUUUUUAACUGUAGAUAGAGACAUUGUAUGCAUGUAAUCGAUAUACAAGCACGGGAGCUCUCAAAAAAAUAUAUAUACACUGUGAAAAUUGGGAAGCGAAUUUACUGACGUUUCGAACAUCUCUUCAUCAGAGUUAAAUCAAGUAUUAACAAGUAUAUAAUCUAACUGAUAUAUGUUUGUCAUCAGUAUGGAUAAUUGGAAUAUGCAUGGUGGACAUUCACCCCAAUUUUGCAAUAAUACCGCCCCCCUCUCCCUUGUGAAUUAAAAAGUUAACUGUUCUACCAAUCUACCACAAUAGUUAACCGCGGUACUGUGAAUUAUAUUUCCAAAAUUUUUAACCGUAACUGUGACGAGGCACCUCCCAUAAACACCUCCCAUAAACACCUCUCAUAUGUAUUAUUCCCUCCGAAGCACCUCCCAUAAACACCUUCAUAUGUAUUAGGGUCUCGUAUCUUGCCACACUGGACGAAGACGAAUCCAAGAAGUUUAUUAUAUCGAACAAAACAAUUCUAUAAAAAAAAUUGUCUUUGUAAGCGAGAACAACAUAGCCACAAAAUUAAUCAGUCAAAGGCAUCGGCGACGAAUUUAUUUAAAUAAUUAAAAUAUAUUAUAUAAAUAACCAUCACUAAAGUGAAUGGAUAAAAGCCUAUCGAUGUAACUGCAACUGCAAGUCUAAAUUAAUAUUAUCGAAAACUGACAUGGGUCGAUCUCUCACGAGCAAGUGUGACGUCACCAAUAACUAUGGUAUAGAAAUACACCCAGUGCUGUAGACGUGUGGGGUCGCUCGGAAGCAGAUCCUCCUUCUUCAAACUCUGGGGGGGGGGCUGAGCCCCACUUCUACUUUAGAAAAUCGAGAAUCUAUUACGUUACAGAGGAGAUUCAGUCAUCUGGCGAUACUAAAUACCGAAUGUACUCAUGUCCAAGAACGACAAGAGAAAACAUAUAUAACUUUGGUUCAUUUACAGAGCAGGAUCUCUGUUACAACAAAAAUAUUUAGUUUUGAUUUAAAAAACUCCAGCAGGAUUAGUCAGACUUUUGAAUUAUAAUUGGUUUGGACUAUCAUAGACUUUUUAAAAUACGUUAAGUUAUUCCUUGCACAUAAUUAUGUAGAUUAGUUCAGUCUUCAUUAGUACGCUGACAGGUGUUUGUUUGCAUUUAUUAUUUUCUUGUUAUGUAUUAGUGGGCUCGCACUUUCCAGAAACAUUUCUAAGAAGGUUAAGGAUGAUAAGUAUGGAAAACGCAAAAUUACGUUUAAAUAAGGCAUUAAAUUUCGAAAGAAAUCUAUAUUCAAGUACUAAGCGAAUAAAUUUUACCCGUAUAUAAUGGCUUGCUUAAGAGUCGUUCAAGAAAUUUUUAAGAGAAACUAGCAGGUUUUAUUCCAUUUCCGGGGCUCUGAGAAUUCUCAAAUUUCAAAAUUUCCCCGACCUCCCAGUCCCAGAAGGCUCAAGCCUUCGGCGUUCGCUAGCCCCCCUCCCCCCCAAUCAAAAAAUGUCGCCGCGGUAAGGGCUAUAGGUUUACCCCUGGUCAUCGUAUGGCUCACCCCUGGUCGUCAUAUGACGUCAUGUUGUUUUUACGAUUUCACGGCUUCACGCUCGUCAAGAGAGCCCCCUCUCUGGUAAAUUUAGUUCUACAGCACUGAAUGCACCAUUUCGCAUGCGAACUAUUAAUUUUUGGCAUGCGAACUAUUAAUACAGAUUGAAAAAAUAUUAAAUUGCAUUACUGAUUUAUUUUAAAUAUACCUUGAUUCCGCCAUCUUUUGAACCUUUUGCAUGUUAAUGUCUGAUCACUGGGUUUGACCAGUGGGGUCUAAUCCUGAUUUCUCAAAGAACAUUGUUCGGGGAUUUCUUCGUUAGGUUCGAAGGCAGGCACAAUACUCGUUGAGGCACAAUACUCGUUGAAAAUUCUCCUGGCUGACAUUGUAGCUCUUUUCGUUUCAUGUCGCAUUCUUAUUUCCAAAAGGUCGGGUAAAACCAGAUUGUACGUUCCCUACAUACAAUUAUGUUGUAAUUUCUUAGCCAGUCGCAAUCGAGAUUGCAUCGAUAUAUCAGAGCCUCUUUUAACAUGUAGACUGGGGGGGCAUGUCCCCAGCCCUCUUAGUGGCCCCUCCAGUCACAAUUUUGUCCCCCCCCCCCCCCCCCCCCCGAGUGCAAGGUCCCUAAGAACUGUCUGCAGUGGGUGGUCAACCAGCAAUUGUAUAUCAAAGUGAGAAAAUGAUGUUAUAAGCUGUUAACAUUUCUGAAUUUGACCAUCAUCUGCAGGCCCGUAACUAGCUAUGAGUCAACCGAGUCAGUUGCAUGACUCGGUAGGAAUUUUGGGGACUGAAAUUUAAACAUCGCCAGAAACUUAAACCAUUGCUGAAAUAAUUUGCUCGUGAAAAAAGGCAUGAAAUGGCAUUUUAGGACAAAUUCUAGUUUAGUUUUUCCAAGCAAAGAUACUCCAAAGAGACUACGCUAUCUUGCUCUUCAGUGACACUGAGAAGCGAAUGCGUCGAUAUCAAGUACCCCAAUACAUGCAACACAGUACUGUAGAAUUUGAAGUGUGGUGAAUGAUAAUACUAUACCACGCACAUUUUCAUUACCGCAAUCAUCACAUCAUGUUGCCUUAUUGGAACUGAAUUAUAUUUGGGAGACUGUAACAUUGCAGUAAUUGUGUCACUGUUCAUAUUAUAAAGUUAAUUUCUUGUAAAAUUACUCCUCAAAAUGCUGGAAAUAGCCUAUCUGAGCUUCAAGAAAUCCAAAAUUUUUUGGGAGGAAUGCCCCCAGACCCCUCUAGACGGCUCACACCUUCGGUGCUCGACACGGUUGUCUCAGAAUCCUAGUUACGGGCACGAUCUGCUUCCCUGUUACGUAUACUUAUUAGUUAACACAUGCAUAUAUAUGCUGCUUUCUCCAAGUCUCCCGCGAAAUAUGCCCCCCCCCCCAGUUACACAUCCUUAAACGAGGCCCUGCAGCGAUAUAUUGUUAAACAAUCCGUAUUUAGUCCGACUGAUUAUUGAAGAAAGUUAUAAAUCACCUUCCUGGACUAAAAAUAAGGGUAUGAAAGUUGAUUUAGAAGCGUGCAUGGCUGCUAUCUUAACAAAAUAUACGACCUAACGACGAUUAAUGUAGAUAGGCGCAGAGUUCAUUAAUCCAUGUCAAAAAUUUCUCACCAUGAUUCGAAUUUUUAUCAUAUAUGUUUUGCUCUCCCUUUUCAGAUUGUGUGAACAACCUACUGAAGUAAGCAACAGCUAGUUAAUUCUUUUUACAAAGACUUGAUGGCUAACAUAAGAGUCACAUUUCGUGUUGAAUACGGUGUGGAUUUGGGUCGUAGUCCUCCAUCAGCAAUUUCAUUAAACAUCCCUGAAGCAUGUACCGUAUUUAACCUCGUUCAGAUCGCCCAGGAGAAUAGUGAAAGGCACACCUUCAAGUACAGGACCUACCCUGAUAUCGGAGCAGAAAUCACCACAAUUGAUGGAAUCGAGGAAGAUCCUAUCAAUGGCAUCUAUUGGUUCUUCUACAGCCCGUGGAAUAAACUGAUUCCAAACGGAGUAUCAAGUCAUAAACUUAAACAUAAUACGACAGUUGUUGCGCGAUACGAGCGCUGGACACGGACCGAUCAUUCAAGGCAGAAAGCACCACGAAGACAGUUUAUGAACAUUAGGAACAUCCAAGUCUAACGACACGAAAAAUAAGAAUGAUAAGAACAAUAAUACAACAAAGAAGAACGGAAAUGGAAGCAAGUAGAGAAUAUUUCAAAAUUAAUAUUCUCAAGAAAUGCUGUUAAUUAAGCUUUCGGCGAAUGUCUUCCACCAGAAAUUUUUUUUGAACUAGAAAAAUUUUUUUAGUUAAAACAUUUUAAAUCAUUGAUAUUUACAUUACAUGACGAUGUUAAUAGGGUUAUUGUUAACUAUAAUAGAGGUUUGAAUAGAAACUCAAUUAUUUAGGAAAUUAAUAGUUUUGAAAAGUUUAGAUUUUGGAGAUUUAUAUACUGAUAUAUAUGCAGCACACAACUACCUACAGAAUGUUUAUUUAUAGAACUAUAGAGGCAAUCCCGAGAACUGCUUAAAAAGGCAAUAUAAUUAUAUAAUAUAGCACGGAGUAUUUACAUGUAAGAAAAAAAAAUCCACACAUUGGACAAAUUGGAGCACCACAUGCGGGCUAUGGUCAUGAUUAUCAUAAAAAAUCCGUUACAAAUAAUAUAGCUGAAUUCUUACUAUGGUUCUAACAUGUCCGAACGUUAAAAUGCCAGCUGUUUUUAUUACUGACAGGUAACUUUCGUAUUUGGAUAUCUCCAAGAGAGUUAAUGGAAAGAUAUAUACAAUGAUUGGUAUAUAAGUGUUUUCUAAUUGUUCGCAGGUAUAUUUAAUGGCCUUUUAUAAUAGCUUACAUUUUUUCGUUCAAGGGAACUAUAUAGACUAGUAACCACUGAAACAGUUAUUUCGCGAAAUAAAUUUGCAUCUUGCUUACAGCAGUAUUUUAUAUAUUAAUGUUACUUUUAAUUUCUCACUUUAACGGUUCUCGCACGAAUAUAAAAAUAUCUCAUUGCAAACAUCAUAUAUUCAAUGAUUUAGUUAAUUAAUAAAGAAAUACAAACCCUG